CAGAACACACUGGCGGACCGCCUCCGGGGGUCCUUCCACACGCACGAGUGGGCUCUCCGGCCAGAUGUCAUCCACCCCAUCUUCCAACGGUGGGGGUUUCCCCAGAUCGACCUGUUUGCCACCCACCGCAACAGGAAGUGCCCAGCGUUCUGCUCCUUCCAGGGUCGCAGCCCGGGCUCCCUCAUGGACACGUUCCCGCUGCCCUGCACAGGUCACCUGCUCUACGCCCUUCCUCCGUUCCCUCUCGGGCAUAAGGUGCUGCUCAAAAUCCGCAGGGAGGGGGCGAGAGUGAUUCUGGUAGCUCCGGAGUGGCCUCGCCAGCUCCCUGCGGUACCCCACGCUGCUGGAGCUGUCGGUGGACAUACCGGUCACGCUGCUUCUCCUCCCCGACCUGCUCACUCAGGACCACGGUCACCUCUGCCAUCCCGACCUACGGUCCCUCCACCUCACGGCCUGGAAGCUGCAGGGCUGAACCCCACGGAGCUUCUGUGUUCAGACCAAGUAAGACAGGUCCUGCUAGGCAGCAGGAAGCCAUCCACUAGGGCCACAUAUCUGGCGAAGUGGAAGAGAUUCUCGUGUUGGUGUGACCAGCGCCACACCCCCCUCCAGGUGCCGGUGCCCCUCAUUUUGGAGUACCUCCUGCACCUGAAACAGCCAGGCCUGGCGGCGUCCUCCGGAAGGGUUCACCUCGCUGCAAUCUCGGCCUUCCCCCCGGGCGCAUCUGGCUGCUCUGUCUUCGCCAACCCGAUGGUCGGUCGCUUUCUCAAGGGCUUAAACCGUUUACACCCUCAGGUCCGUCAGCCCAUCCCUGCGUGGGAUCGUAACCUGGUCCUUUCGAGGCUCAUGGGGCCCCCGUUUGAACCACUGGCCAUGUGCUCCUUCCUGUAUCUUUCCUGGAAGACAGCUUUCCUGGUUGCCAUUACAUCCACGAGGCACGUCUCUGAGCUGAAGGCCCUCACCUUGGAACUGCCUUACAUGGCCUUCCACAGGGAUAAGGUGAAACUCAGACUGCACCCGGCCUUCGUCCCCAAGGUGGUGUCAAACUUCCACACCAGCCAGGACAUUUUCUUGCCCGUCUUUUGCCCGAAAACUCAUGCGGGUCCCUGAGAACAGCGGCUGCAUUCCCUUGAUGUCCACAGGGCCCUGGCUUUCUACAUCAAGCGCACUAAGCCAUUCAGAAGAUCGACCCAGCUCUUCGUAGCAUGGCGGACCGGAUGAAAGGCCUCCCGGUCUGCUCGCAGAGAAUAUCCUCCUGGAUCACGUCUUGCUAUGAGCUGGCCGGGGUGCCGACCCCAGCUCUCACUGUGCACUCCACUAGGGCCCAGGCCUUAUCAGUGGUGGUUCUGGCCCAGGUGCCAACCCAGGAAAUUUGCAGGGCGGCGACGUGGUCCUCGGAGCACACCUUCACCUCGCACUACGCCUUCAUCCGGCACGCCAGGGACAACGUGGCCUUCGGUAGAGCGGUUACAAUCUGUGUUUCCUUCACUCCGACCCCACCGCCCAGGGCCCUGGUGUGAGACCCCCGGCUGCCAGCUGGGCCCCUCCAUGUACUACCUCGGCGAGGGCGCUCAGACCCUCGGCAGCAUGAACCCCCUCUCCCUGAACUACAGCCUGAACCAGCUGCCUCCCGCCCCGGCCCCACAGCCCUCCUCCCUGCGUGCAGUGAGCGUGGUGGAUCGGCUAGCAGAGCUCCUGCUGGAAGCACGCUACGGGAUCCCCCAGAAGCAGCGUCGGAGCCGCACGGCAUUCACCGGCCACCAGCUGGAGGCACUGGAGACAGCCUUUGAGAAAACCCACUACCCUGACGCGGUGACCAGGGAGCGGCUGGCUGUGCUCGUCAACCUGCCCGAGGCCAGGGUCCAGGUGUGGUUCAAAAACCGCCGGGCCAAGUUCCGCAAGGGCCAGCGCCAGCAGCCGGACCUGGGGGAGACGGCGAGCCCCAGGGGGGCAGACAGCGCAGCGGGGCGCUCCCUGCUGGGGCCGAGGCUCCGGCCCGUGGCCGAGGGCAGCCCGCCAGGAGCAGAGCAUCUCCCGGCCUCUGCGAAGAAGGCCCCGGGUGGUGCGGCGCUGCCGUCCCGGUAUCCCCCAGGGGACCCUCAGCCAGUGCCCAGCGGGAUUUGGCCUCUGGAGGGGACGUGGCCAGGGACAGAUCUGAAAAGCGGAGGCCUUGCUGGGCCAAGGAGCAACCUGAGACUGAGCUAUCUGCCGGCAUUCCCCUUUCCGCCCUACUGGCCGGCUGGGUACGGUCCCUGGCCGGAUGGAGCGACCCAAACACCUGCCAGAAGCCAGACAGGCUGGGGCUGCCCCGUCCCACACCAGCUCGCCCCACUACCACCCCGCGCCCUGAUCCACCACACCGGGCCCACCCUGACCUGCCUUGAACCCGCAAGCCCCCACGUCGGGCUGGGCUGAGACCCAGUUGUGUCGUGUCCCUUGUGUGAACUCCCACCGGGGCAGGAGCCCAGCGGCGAUGGCUGGGCGUGGGGGGGUUUCCUGCCCCGCGAGCUCCGUGCUGACCCAGGAUGGGGAUGGGGGGUUCAUGGGUUUGGCCGAAUAGACUG